GGGGAACAACGUUAUAGCAUUAAAAAGGAUGUUUCUAUAUCGUCUUUGAUGUUCUUGAUGUCCUUGUCUCGCUUCACAAUUCACAGCGUUAUAGCAUCGCGCAAUUGUAUUUUUCAGUUUCGUUUGCCCAUAAGGGAUAUGUAACUGUUUGUUCAUUUGACUUUCCGUUUGUCUUCUGUUGUCCAUACAAUUUUUUUUUUUUUACUCUUUAAAGGGGAUUGCACAGCACUACAUUAGAAAAGGGUGAAGGGUGGCCAUUUUAUCCCCCACAACAGGGGCACACAUAUAUACGUACAGAUAUACACACACUUGCACUCAUCCACCAUACUUUAGCGUUUAGCGGCUUUCUCAAUAGUGUCAGAAAUCUAGCCCAAAUGAAAAGCGUGGGAGUUGUGCUCUUCGUCCUCCUCAUCAAAGAAAUUAUCUCGUUGAAAAUAUGUUCGAGGAGAAAAUACCCUAACGUAGAAAACGGGGUGUACCAGCUGGACAACCGAGGGAGGCCGAUCAAAAUUGUGGACGUGAAUUACCACCAUGUGUGGGAACUGCCAAAGGGGGGAAGUGUUAAUUCUUACACAGUUGUUAAAAAGAAUGGAAAGGUUAAAAAGUUUAGCGAAGGAACAAACAUCAUUUAUGGAACUACCAAAAAGGUCAACCGGGGAGGGGGCAGUGAAGAGGAAGAGGAGGAGGAUGAAAAUAAAGUAAAGAAAGAAAUUGCAAAGAGGAAAAAAACGAACAAUAUAAAAAAUGUGUCUAAUGUAGCUAAAAAGGAGAAAGAUGUGGAACAAAAAAAAAAAGAAAAAAAAAAACUGGAAGUACCACGUGCGAUGCAUAUAACAGCAGAAGACGUCCCUGAGGAAGAGGAGGCGAACGAAGAAGAGGGGUAA